GGUCACAGUGAUUAACACUCAAACAACAAAAAUUCAUAUAACCUAAAUGUAUAUUGCAGACAAAAAAAAAUUUUUUUGUUACAUUUACUAGCGGUCAUAUCCAUGACAACGAGUGAGGUCUGUAGUCCUGUACGAACGUUUGGAUUCAGCCUGUACCUUUAGCCUUGCUACCCCUGCGGCUUCAUCCUGAUCCCGCCAAACAUUCUGAUGUCAGUCAGACGUCUGAUCGAUGUCAGCCGUGGAGGUUGAUAAUGAUGCCAGUUAGUGGGGCAGAAAUGAAAAGUGGUCACGUCACGAUUCAACAUCGAUCAGCUUGGUAGCCUCGAUGCAGGUCGGGAGGUUGUUUUGGGGGAUUAAUUAGGCUUAAUGAACACAGGUGACCAUGUGCUGGAGGUACUCAGCCUUUGACCUUCAUUCAGUAUUCAUGUUCAGACUCUUAAUAAUCGAUCGAGCGGUGCCUUCCAGCUGAGAGGUAAUAAAAACCCAAAUGUCUCUGGCACUGAUGGGCUGGACUGUCUGCCCCUGCUGCAGGGUGCUACAGCCUCAGGGACGUAUAUGCAUGCAGUUAUACCCAACACUCCCUGUGAAGCGCCUGUGCUGUUUCCAUACCCAACACUCCCUGUGAAGCGCCUGUGCUGUUUCCAUACCCAACACUCCCUGUGAAGCGCCUGUGCUGUUUCCAUACCCAACACUCCCUGUGAAGCACCUGUGCUGUUUCCAUGGCUGCGGGCACAAGGUUCAAAAUGGCUUUCAGGGAAGGUUCAGUUAUACGCUGCCCUGAUUGGUUCUAAUGAGCUGGAAGGCCCGCUUUCCCUGAAUUCUGGCCAAUCCGUGAGGAGAGUGCAGAGCUGGUGUUCGACACCGCAAGAAGGCUCUGAUGUUGGGGAGCCCUGAGCUGACAGUCAGCACUAAGGCACAUGGAGGAGCAGGAGAGGAGCCGGUCCCCGUCCCGCAGGACCAGCCGUGUGGAGCAGGUGGUCGGGCGAUGGCUACGGCGCUCUCGAGACUCCGGCAGCAGAGAGAGGACACAAGGGGACGGGAGACCUGGUGACUCUGGUGGGACGGACCAGCGAAACUUCCCCAUCAGGGUGACGGUACAGAUCCUGCGGGACCCCCUGCUGGACUCCCACGGAUUCAGCCUCUCCUCCCAGCCCCCCAUCCUGGUGCGGGACGUCUCUGUGGGUGGCCCAGCAGAUGGGAGACUAGCUCCAGGUGAUCAGGUGUUAAAGAUCAACAGCGUUGCCAUAGAAGACCUCUCCUCAGAGCAGGCUGCUGACAUCAUCAGGGAGUCAGAGGACUCGGUAACCAUGACGAUUCUCAGGCAUACCGUGGGGCCGAAGUCUUCCUUCAUCACUGCGGAGAAGAGGGCGCGUCUCAGGACCAAUCCGGUGAAGGUGCGCUUUGCAGAGGAAGUGGUCGUCAACGGCCACUCUCAGGGAAACUCUCUGCUCUUCCUACCCAACGUUCUGAAGGUCUACCUGGAAAACGGACAAACAAAGGCCUUCAAGUUCGAGGCCAAUACCACAGUGAAGGACAUUGUGCUGACUCUGAAAGAGAAGCUGUCCAUCCACUGCAUCGAGCACUUCGCCCUGGUCCUGGAGCAGCAGUACAGCAUCAGCAAGCUACUGUUCCUGCACGAUGAGGAGCUCAUCCAACAGGUGGUGCAGAAGAAGGAGUCCCAUGACUACCGGUGUCUGUUCCGCGUCUGCUUCCUGUUCAGAGACCCGCUGCACAUGCUGCAGGAGGACCCUGUGGCUUUCGAGUACCUGUACCUGCAGAGUGUCGGAGACGUGAUGCAGGAGCGCUUCGCAGUGGAGAUGAAAUGCAACACUGCAUUGCGAUUGGCUGCGCUGCACAUCCAGGAGAGGCUGGCCGUUGCUGGCCACGCCCACAAGACCUCCCUCAAGACCAUCACGAAAAACUGGGGCAUUGAGAACUUUGUAUCCCAAACUUUGCUGAGGAACAUGAGAGAGAAGGACUUGCGAAAGGCCAUUAGCUACCACAUGAAGAAGACCCAGGCACUGUUGGAGCCCAGGCACAAGGUGAUGUCAGCGUCUCAGGUGCGACUGACCUACCUGACCCAACUCGGGGAACUCAAGUCUUACAGCGGGAAGUCAUUCAGUGCCACCAUGAUGCUCCAGGACAGGGAGUCCAUGGUCAGCCUCCUGGUGGGGGCCAAGUAUGGUGUCAGCCAGGUGGUCAACCACAAGCUGAACAUCAUGACCACCCUGACCGAGUUCAGCAGCGUCAGUAGGGUGGAGCUGCUUCCUGAGUCUGACAAAGUUAGCCUGGUCAAGAUCUACCUGCAGGAUGUCAAGCCCAUCACCCUGAUGCUGGAGUCCCAAGCUGCUAAAGACUUGUGCUGUCUGGUGUCUGGCUACUGCAAACUUCUGGUGGACUCAACGGCAUCCGUCUUCUCAUGGAUGGAGAAUCCCAAGAUGCACCGCAUCUCAGCUGAAGAAGGUUACGUGUCCCGGGGCUGCAGCGACUCAGAAGAGUCUUCAGAGAUGGACUCCACUGACGUGCUGGUCAACCGGCGUUUCUCUAGUGACGACACCAGGGUGGCGCCAGAGAGCGAGCAGCAAGCAGAGGAGGAGGGGCAAGAGGGGGAUGGAAACCAGAGAGAAGGAGGGACACAAGGAGAGAGGGAAGGAAACAAGGGAGAAGUAGGAGGGAGACAAGGAGAAGGUGAAGGAAACAAGAGAAAAGAAGAAGGGACACAAGGAGAGGGAGAAGAAAACAAGAGAGAGGAAGGAGGGACACAAGGAGAAGGGGCAGGACCCAAGCCUGAGGGAGUAGACUGUGAGGCAGCUGGGUGUGGAGAGCAGCAGGAGUGCUCUGGGGAGGACUUGCUCUCCGAGGCGUCGGACUCCUGCCACACUGACUCUCGCUUUUACACCAGCCUCUCCAGUGACUCCAUGGAUGCUCUGGAGGAGGAUGACCUGGUGGCCUGUUCCUCCUGCCUUCCCUUAGGCCACUACCUGCUGGACACUCCCGAGCAGCACGAAGUAGGGAAUGGGGCCACCGCUCCCAAGGAGAGCACUAGCCCACAUCCCUCCAGUGUCUGCGACUAUGACAGCGACCCCGGCCUCCGCUUUGCCGAGCUCUCCCAGCUGGCCGACUGCCUGCCCAGCCCCCCAGAGGCCAGUGAAGAAGAGGAGGGGGAUGAGGAAGGGUCUAGUCUGCCUACAAAGCGAGAAUACGUGUUCACCUUUGAGGAGAAUGACGCCCGGCACUAUUACAAUAUCUGCUCCAAUGUUACCCCCGACAGCGCUCGCAGCCUGCCGAGGCCACGCCCUGACCCCAGCCAGGAAGAGGGGGAAGAAGGGCGGGGCCCACUGCCAGACAUGGAGCCCGUCCCCAUCCUCCAGCCCCCACCCGGGUUUGGGGACAGCAGCUCUGAGGAUGAGUUUUUUGAUGCCCAGGACAUGUUCACUUCAUCCGAGGUCACAGGAGAGGCGACCACAGAUGGCAGCGGGGACACGGCAGGCACGGGGCGAACACUGAGCCUGAGUGACAUUGAUAUCAGUGUGCCGGAGCACAGUGUGGAUACAGAGCAGGACGACAGAGGAAGGAGUGUCUUGCGACACGGGCGGAAGAAAUCCCGCAAACGCCGCUCCUUCAUGGAGACUGACUUCACCUCGCAAGUGUCCUUUCCAGGGCAGGGCAGGGACUUAGUGGAUGAGGACCAGCUCCCGUGUCCCACUGUCUCCUCCCUGAGCAACGGAGAGGGGGAGCCAGCCCAGCUGGAAUCCAAGCCUAUUGGCGGCUCAGACGGCCACCCGCCGGCGCCCUCUCGCAGUGGCUCCGAGGACUCUGGGGUCCGCAGGAGCAAGCGCAUCUCCUCAGAGCUGAUGGAGAUGGAGCCAGACACCAUGGAGUUCAAGUCAGUGACUGCACUGAUGUCAGCGGCAGCACCCCUGGUCAUGGCGGUAAGGUGUCGCGUGGGGCCUGAGGGGCGGGAGAGUGCCGGGCAGCAGUUUCAGAAGAUGAAGGAAGGAGAAGACCUUGCGGAAACAGGAGAAAUCCUCAACAUCCCAGAAAACCUUGCAGAAACAGGAGGAACCCUCAACAUCCCUUCCACCUCUGAUGAACAUGUCAAGGUCAAGGACUCUUUGGGGGAGGAGAGUAACAUCCCAGUCCCUAAGGAACAACAUGGUCAAAAGUCACAGGAAGAGUCACUAAUGCAGCAGUUGCCCCCUUAUUUGGAAGGAGGGGGUGAAGCUGAAGAUGAUCUUGUUUUUACUGAAAAUGGGACUUGCCCUAUCCCGGCAACACCACCACAAAUGGUACUACCUCCUGCUCCAUCUGUGUCCAACAUCCUUGGAAAGGAUGAGGAGGAGGAAGGAGGACUGAGUGACAAGGAGGACCCAGAAGCAGAAUCUAACAGUGCCACUUUGGAUUGCUGGGGGGGGAGCAGCACCUACCUGGCUCUAGCCUUCAGGAAAGGCAUCUCCAUCAGUCACGAGUGUCUUAUGUGGGUUGGAGCCGAGACUGUUUCUGAAACUACUGGCUCCGCUGCUGCCAGAGAAGCAGCCACCAUAACCAAGGAGCCUCCAGCUGGCUUCAAGUUUCAGAACUGCCCUUCAGGGAUUAUGAACCGGCUGUCCACCUCCACCCUGCGAGGAAAAAUCCAAACUCUCCCCUGGUACUUAUCCCGCUCACAGGAGGCUUUGAAUGACUGUGUAAUCAGCACCACUGACAACAGCAGCAGCUCAGGAGUAUCCUCUGGGGCUAUGGAGGCAACUGAGGACACGAAAGAGGUCACUGAGGUCGUAGAUGAGGUCACUGAGGUUGCAGAGGAAGCUACAGAGGAAGUCACAGAAGUGGCCUCUGAAGCAUCGGAGGAGGUAACAGAGGUUUUGGCAGAGGCUGUAGAGGUCGACCCUUGCUCUGGGCUGCAGGAUACUUUUACGGAUAUGGAAGUUGGGGUCACUGCACUCCCUCACAUGCUUCUGACACCACAGACUUGUGGGGACUUGCCUCUGAGUCUCCACCCCCUGGGGUCUACCGACUGGUCAGUUGAUGGGUCAUCUCCAGACACAAGGGAGGAAGCAGAUGCAUCUACCCCAACUUGUGGGGUCUUAACACCCUGUGAGUCCAAGCAGCCCCAACCCUGGGCUCCCUUCUGCCCUGAAGGGAAGGUGAGCUUUGGAUGUGGCUCCAUGUCAUCCCCAGGGUGUCCCACCAUACCUGAGGAGGCCCCCACACACCAGGAGGUCUGCAGCUGUCAAGCCGUCUACACUAACUGCUUCAGUGGGGCACUGGAUGUGACUGGAUUCGAUGAGGAGCUGACAGUCUACGAAUUCUCUCGUCAAACACAGGGAACGGAUGGGUCCCCCUUGAUGACCGGCCCACCUUCCUCUUUCUCCUCCUCCUCCUCAGUAUUUUCCUCCUCUCCCUGCAUCUCUCCUUUUUCCAGGGUUGUCCUCCCACCUUCCUCCACAGAGCUGAGUCCCCUACUGUCUCCACUGUACCCCUCUGACUGCUACCUGCCCGAGUCCCUGGAGGACACGCUCAACCAGCUGCGCAACCGCCGCUACAGCCUCUCUGGGGGCUUUGCUGCCUUACAGCAGGACGUGGAUGAGCUUCUGGCUCUCUUGCAGCCCCGUGGGGUAGAUCUCCCGGUCAGGGGGGGGCAGCACCACCGGGAGACCUGCGCCGACCACUUCUCUGAGAACAAGCGGCUCCUCCACGCGGAGGCGCGCAAGCUGAUGUCCGGAUGCCAGCGCGUGACCCGGGUGGGCCAGGCCCCGGAGGAGACUCUGCGGUGCCUGGCCGAGAGCUUCCGCACCCUGGUGCAGCUGGCCAGCGUGUGCCUGUGGUUCUCCAGCUGCGUGCGGUGCGAGGGCCGCCACGCUGAGGCCCUGUCGGGCCUGAGGGAGGUGGCUCGGACGUUUGGAGAGUUCGCCCAGGCCGCCGAGAAGGCCGGGGGGAGGAAGAGCUGCCAGGACCUGAGCGUGAAGCUGCUGGCCAGACAGUGCACCGCACUCACGGCCUCCAUCUUCUGCCUCACACAGCUCUUCCGCACGCUCACUGCGCUCUGAGGCCACCUUAGACCCCCCAAACCACCAAAGAGAUGCACGUGAGGAGCAUGAGCAUGCACUCAUCCUUCCAUCUGACAUCCUUCCACCUGACAUACGCUCAGCCCAGUAAAGAAGAGGAAUGUCUUGGGCAGCCAGGACUCUCUGUCUACAGCCACUCUCUGGUCUCCCACAAUAUCAGUUACUAGAACAGUGAAAAAGAUAAUUUUAUUUGCUUAAAUAUUUUAGUUUUUUUAAGCAUAUGAAAUGUAUAUAUUAUUGAAUUGCGUAAUUAAAUUUCUGUAUACAUUUAUUUAUGUAUUUAUUUAUUUAUUCAUUAUUUUUUCUACUCUCAGACACUUCCUUGCUCUGUGGUUUCUGGUGUUGAGGAAACAAAGAACUUAAAGUACCGACAGUCUGAGGGUUGUUUCCUUUCUGUCACAUGGCCCUAUUUCCUCCAGCACAGAGUGAAUUGUGGCUGCAUUUUACCUGUGCACUUCUUUACCUGUGCACUGAUCUAAGCUGCGUGGGGCCCAGGGGGACUGCACUGAUAUCUGAAUGUUGACCAAUUUAAAACUGAAGGGAUGUUUGAUGGACAGCUGCCUGUCCAAAGACUUGCUAAAGCCUCGUCAUGAUUGUGUUGAGCUGACGCUGUGACCCUAAAAGGGUUUAAAUUCUGCUCCAUAUUCUUUGCUGAUCUAUCCCUGGAGUUCCUGAGAAUGACAUCCGGAGCAACAAACGGACCUACUUGGAAUUGGCGGAGUGUUGCGCCUCCCUUUUGACUCUGUCUGUGGACUUUUCCGGCACAGCGACAAUCCUUUUUGUAUUUCAUCUUGGCACUGACAACAGGUGUUGCUCAGUGGGGUUGAAUGUUCAGGUCCAGUGGAUGGUCUGUUACUUUGCUGUUGAACUCAGCUGAGGCAAGCUUUUCAAAGUAAUGGAAAACAUUUCAAAGCUAAGUUUGAAAACCAGUGUUGCAAGAAGAAACAGCUUUGUUAAAGGCAAAUUGCCACUAUUACAAGAUGGACUACACUAAAGCAAAACUGCUGAAAUGGCUGUUCUUAUGGGGGUGUCUUUCUGUUACAUACAAUGCAGGUUGGUCCUCGUACCCUGGUCACCUUGGAAGGCAAAUUAACUGCAGCUUGUUUACUGCGUAUGGGUGGAUUAGCAAAUCCUGAAUUUACAAGUGCAGGUGCAUGGUGUGGGUGGUGUGCUGUCAGAUACCCAACCAACUGAUGAACUCGUCCCGAGGAAAGCAUAGUUCAGAGCUCCAUAGUGAUCUGAAUCAAAACAAAUGUUUUCUAAUUUGCAUCUGUACCUCAAAAUACCUCCUGAUAUAAGUGUCCCUCAUUGUCAAAAUGAGCAUAAUGAAGAGGACUAAACAGGAAGGAGGGAGAGAUGCAGUGAAAGUGAAAGUGGAACAUGGAAAAAUAUUCCAAUUUCAGUCCACAUCAGGACAGAAUAAUGUAUUGCUUAUUUCAGCUAAGCCAAAUGCAGAGUUAACGAAGCACAAAAAGGCUCUUGUGCUUUGGGUGCCUUCCAAUGUGUACAGGUGAGUCCUAGUGGCCGAUGUUCUGGUCUGAAACUAUCUUUGGCUAACUGCAAUAUGAGGUUUAUGGUAUACAGGUAGUGAACAAAAUCAUUCAAACACCAAUCCAAACUCACUUCAUAGGGUCGCACCAGCUCUUGUAGCAGGUGCAUCCUGCAUGCACUGUGGCAGAGUCAACACCACCCUUCCACAAGAAAACCAAUCAACUCGCACUGCGCGAACGUAUGUGGAAAUGAUGGGUUUGGCAUCAUCCCAAAAUAUCCCAUAAAUAAAAUUAGUGUCAUGCUCCUCAAAUCACUGAGUGAUUUGCGCUUUACAAACGUUGGGAAUUGACAUCUUGAAGGACGACCCUCUCUGCAAGACAGAAAAAAUUAACAUAGAGUUUUAGAAACUACUUACACUGGCCUUGCCUCCUAAAAUUGUGAUUAAACCCAAACCAUGGCCAGAAGAUGAGCCCCAUAUGGAACCCUCUUAUGGAACCCCAUAAUCCCUCAGUCUUGUGAGUAUGCCACUGUUGUGUUUCCAUUUUGUUCACUACCUGUCAGGAAUGUUAUAUUUCAUCUUAGACUUGUGAUCAUUCCCUGGAAAACUGUGCUCCCUUGUUAUGUUCUUUAUCAGUUAUGAUGCAAUCUGUUUUCAUGAUCCUUCAGGAAUAUAAGAGCACUAAACGCCUCAGACCCUGCAUCGAUUUAUUUUUAAUAUUACCUGCUUUGCAGAAAUCUCUUCAUGCAUUGGAUUUUCUCAUGCAUGAAGGGCAUUAAGCUUGGUCUGUCUAUAGGGAAUGCUCUUAAAAGCAGAGGUGGAAAAUCUAUGUUCAGAAAGUCCUCCUCAGUAUUUUGUUCUGGAUUUGCUAAUUAGCACAAAUAUUCAGCCAGGAGGUACAAUUAAUUAGUGAAAUCAGCUGGCUGAGUUCAUGGAUGGAAGAAAAACAUGGCUAGACUUUUACUCUCUGGCCCCUGAACUUUCCACCUCUGCUGAACAGCCCCUCAUACAUGAUGAUUGACAGGGCAUAGACCCCGCCCCUUUUGCCUUAAAGCUGGCAGAGAGGAGGAUGCGCCAUGAGGAGAAAUGUGUGCAGCAUUUACAGUCACAGUGUGAAAACUAUUGCCUUCAGCUUCUAGCAACAAGUCAAAGCCAUAAAUAUCCAAUAAACGGGAGACUGCACUGAUUCAGGGAAAUGAGUGAAUGGGACAAUCUCUUGCUUUUUUAUGCUGUACUCCAAAUAUUAAAACAAAAAAAUAAAAAACAUGUCCACCUGA